UCAAUCUCAAAAAGGAGCUCUAGAUAGAUUUGUUGUUACAAACAAACAAAACACCACAUCAAAUUCAACUCAGGAAUUAGCAACAGAACAGACAUCCGAAAUGGAGUUAAAAAAUGAGAUUACUAGUGAAACAAUAUCUAAUGAAGAGCACAAUGAAGAAUCAGAUGGAGAUAAGAUAAACAAGGAAAAAGAUUGUGAAACUAGUUCUAUUUCUACAAAUUAUUAUGAUCCUGGUCAAUGGAAAAAUAUUGAUGCAAAAUUUAGAGAUCUAAUGGUGGAAAGAGGUCCAAUUAGAGAUUAUGAUUUUCAUUUUCCUAAGGAUGAAAAUAAUAGACACUUCUCUACGAUAUAUUACAUUCGUAAGUUACCUAAUGGUGAAAAAUAUGAUAGAAGAUGGUUAGUGUAUUCGAAAGAUUUGGAUAGAGUAUAUUAUUUUUGUUGUAAAUUAUUUAAUUCAAAGCCUAGCAUGAGUCAAUUAGUCAAUGAAGGAAGUAGAGAUUGAAAAAAUCUAGGUCUCAAGCUUAAAAGUCAUGAAACAACUAAUGAACAUAUCAUUAGCAUGAAUAGGUGGAUUGAUUUAGAAGUGAGAUUGUUAAAAAAUAAUACAAUUGAUAAAAGUCUUCAAGAACAAAUAAACCAAGAGAAGGAUCAUUGGAAAAAAGUUCUAUUGAGAAUUAUUGCUGUCGUAAAAAAUCUUGCAAAAAAUAAUUUAGCAUUUCGAGGAAAGAAUGAAAAGAUCUAUCAAAGUAAUAACGGAAAUUUUCUAAGUUUUAUUGAAACGAUUGCAGAAUUUGAUCCAGUAAUGCAAGAACAUAUUCGACGCAUUCAACAUGGUGAAAUUCACAAUCAUUAUUUAGGUCAUAAUAUUCAAAAUGAAUUGAUUCAAUUAUUAGCAUCUGAAAUUAAAGCUAUAAUAAUUAAAAAGAUUAAAGAAGCAAAAUACUUUUCUGUAAUACUUGAUUGCACUCCUGAUGCAAGCCAUCAGGAACAAAUGACCCUAGUUUUAAGAUGUACAGAUACUUCAACAAGUCCAGUAAAAGUAGAAGAAUAUUUUUUAGAAUUUUUAGAAGUAGAUGAUACAUCUGGAAAGGGUCUUUUUAAUGAACUUAUAAAUAUAAUAGAAAAACAUAAACUUGAGGUUAAUGAUAUAAGAGGACAAGGGUAUGACAACGGAUCUAAUAUGAAAGAAAAACAUCAAGGUGUACAAAGGAGAUUAUUAGAUAUAAAUCUUAGAGCGUUUUACACACCAUGUGGAUGUCAUAACUUAAAUUUAGUGUUAUGUGAUAUUGCUAACUCAUGUCCUAAGGCUAUAUCUUUUUUUGGAGUGAUACAACGAAUUUAUACCUUAUUUUCUUCUUCUACAAAACGAUGGAAAAUUUUAUAAAAUAAUAUAUCCACAUUAACUCUUAAACCCUUGUCACAAACACGUUGGGAAAGUCGUAUUGAAAGUGUCAAAGCAAUUAAAAACCAAGCUCCUAAAAUAAGAGAUGCCUUAGUUCAAUUAGCGGAAACUAGUAAAGAUCCUAAAACAAAGAGUGAAGCCACAUGUUUAGCUACAUAUGAGAUUGAAAAUUUUGAAUUUUUAUUAGGCAUGAAUAUUUGGUACGAUAUAUUGUUUGCUGUUAACUCAGUUAGUAAGAUUUUACAAUCUGAAGACAUGCAUAUUGAUGUUGCUAUAGAUCAAUUAAAAGGUCUUCUUUCUUAUUUAAAAAGUUAUAGGGGAAAUGGAUUCAUGAAUGCUUUGAAUUCAUCUAAAGAAAUUGCAAAUGAAAUGGAAAUAGAACCUAUAUUUCGUGAAAAACGUGUGAUCCGUAGAA